AUAAAUAUUUCCUUCUUCCUCCAAUUGGGACACAUCCUUAAAUUCCCUUUAAUUUUACCCCUUUUUUCUUGUUUUCUUCUUCUCUUAUAUUUUCCCUCUCUCACUCUUCACUCUCCUCACUCCUCACACCUUCACACACACCCCUCUCUCCCUCCCUUAUUUCCCGCCAAUUUCUCCCCCUCUUUCUCUCUCUACAACUUCAUGCACCUUAACAACACUAAAUCAACCACCCUUUUUCAUUUUCUCACUCUUUCCACUAUUUCACACUAAAAAAAAAAAAAAAACUUUGAUUUUCUCUUUCUCUUUUUCUUCAAUGAAAGUACAAUCAACUAUGAAGCUUCAGAAUCUGAACCAAAACCCUUCAAAAUCAAAUUUUGAAACAAACCCAUCAUGCAAAACCUCCACAAAAACCCAAACCCGGAAAAACAAGCUUAUCCGGAUCAUUCUCACCGAUUACGACGCAACCGAUUCGGACUCUUCCGACGAUGAAGAGAGAAAAAACCCAUCAAAAUUUCCAAGAGGAAAGAGAGAAAUUACCCAAAUCACUAUGCAAUAUCCUCUUGUUUCUAAUUCUCCAACAAUUUCACCUUCUUCUUCAUCUUGCUCCGUUGACCCGACCCGUUUCAAAAGAUCCAGAAAAUCACCCACCGGUUCUAACAAUUGUCGCCGGCAAAGCAUGUACCGUGGUGUUCGUCAGAGACCUUGGGGACGGUGGACAGCUGAGAUCUGUGACCCGAAUCAAAAAAAACGGGUCUGGUUAGGAACUUUUGACACGGCGGAGGAAGCCGCCGCUAAAUACGACGAAGCCGCCGUGAAAUUUAGAGGUUCAAAGGCUGUUACUAACUUUCCAAACCGCCCCGCCGUUAAGGAUGUUAACGAGCCAGCGAAGAUUUUCUCCGGCGACGGUUUUGCUUCUCCGACUUCUGUUUUGCCUUUGUACGACGGUGAUUCAACGCCGUUUGACGGUUUACGUUACGGCGCAGUGGAUGCUUUUGGGUUCGAAAUUGACGCGCCGUUAAGUUUAACGGACAUUAACUUUGUUCCGUUUGGGAAAGAAAAAGAAGAGUUUGGCGAGUUUGACUUGGACGAGUUCUUGACGUGGCCAAGUUAAGGGCAUUAUUGUCUUUUCGUUGGAAAAAUCCAGACUCGUUAAUAUUAAGGUUUUUGUCGUGUUCUAUUUCUGCUUGGUAAAAUUCCUAAAUUACCCUCGUGACUAAGAGUGUAGAGUAUUAGAGUAAGUUCUAUCCUUCUCCCACACUAAGAAGAUAUUUUUGUCUUAAGUUUGUAAUUAAUUUAGCUGUUUUGUUUUUAUGUUAAAAAAAUGGGGACAUACUAUUUAAGUACAUGAAUAUUAGUACAAGAAAAAUUAUAAAAAUUAGAGUGUGGAAAUUAUAAUAUUAUUGUAGUAAUGUACUACUAUUAUGUACCUAUUAUUAUAAUUAAUUAAAAAUUUGUUGUCUAA